AUGUCCGCCCUUUCGCCGUCUCUCUUGCCCACGAAGCCGGCCAAAAACCCCAACCUUGUCAGCGCAGCCCGUCUCCAACCAUGCCUCUCUCUCUUAGAACUCUGCAGGUAUACUUUCGAGUUCAAGCAAGUGCAAGCCAAGCUCACCAAGCUCGGCCAAAUUACCCACCCACUAGCCCUCACCAGGCUUUUGUGUUAUUCCUCAAUCUCUCGCUAUUCUGACAUUCACUAUUCUCAAUCAAUCUUUAAUCUUGAUAAAAACCCAAAUACGUUUGCAUAUAAUGUGCUUAUUAGAGGCUAUGCGCAAAGUGAAAAACCUGAAAUUGCCAUUUCUUUGUUUUAUAGUAUGCUUUGUAAUCCCAAUUCUGUGCCAAAUCAAUUUACUUUUCCUUUUGUUCUGAAAGCAUGUUCUCAAGUUAUAGGGGUUGGGGAGGGCGAACAGGUUCAUGGGCUGGUUUUUAAACAUGGUUUGAGCCAAGAUCUUUUUGUACAGAACAGUUUGAUCACCUUCUACUCAGCUUGCGGGGUAAUUGGUUCGGCUUGCAAAGUAUUCGAUAAAAUAGAUGACCCGGAUGUUGUUUCAUGGAAUUCGCUGAUUGGGGGUUUGGUGGACUCAGGUUUUGUUGAGGAGGGAAGGUGGAUGUUUGAUAGAAUGCCAAAGAGGAGUUUGGUUACUUGGAAUUGUUUGAUUGAUGGGUAUAUUAAGGUAGGGUUGCUUAAGGAGGCUAGAGAAUUGUUUGACCAAAUGGAAGGGAGGGAUUCGGUUUCUUGGAAUACUAUGAUUGGUGGUUAUGUUGGUUGUGGUCUAAUGGAAGAAGCUGAAGUUUUGUUUGGUGAGAUGCCAGUGGAGAUUAAGGAUUUGAUCACUUAUAACUUGAUGAUUGAUGGGUAUGUAAGAGACCGUAGCUACAGAAAAGUACUGCAGAUACUUGAAGAUGUGAAGGAGGCAAAAGCAGAAAUAAACAAGUUUACGAUGGUAAGCGUGCUUACUGCUUGUUCCCAUUUGGCAGCAUUGGAUCAAGGUGAAUGGGUUCAAGCUUACAUAAAAGGAAAUGGGAUUGAAGUGGAUGCUGUCUUGGGAACUGCUUUGGUUAAUAUGUUUGCAAAAUGUGGAGACAUGGAGAGGGCUCUUUCUGUGUUUGAAAGUAUGGAGGAGAGGGAUGUUGGGGCAUGGAAUUCGAUAAUUCACAACCUUGGUGUCCAUGGUUAUGGCCAAGAAGCAUUUGCAAUGUUUUCAGACAUGUUGAGGAUCAAUAUUCCGCCAGAUGAAAUAACGUUUCUUGGUUUAUUGAGUGCAUGUCGCCAUUCAGGGCUUGUUGCUGAAGGGAAAAAAUAUUUUCAACUAAUGAGCGAAGAAUAUGGCCUGGAACCAAAGAUCGAACAUUAUGGUUGCAUGGUAGACCUUCUCUGCCGUGCAGAUCUUUUGGAAGAAGCAAGAUGCCUGAUUGAAACUAAACAGAUGAGCUCCAGUGUUCCCAUGUGGGGUGCUCUUCUGGGAGCCUCAUCCAGGCUUGGGAAUCUGGAGAUGGGUGAAUAUGCUGCGAAGCAUCUUAUAGAAUUGGACCCCUUUGAUGGGAGCUGUUACAUAGUCUUAUCCAAUAUGUACUCAGCCGCAGGCUUUUACGAGAAAGCCAUAGAAGUAAGGAAAACGAUGAGGGACCUAGGACUAGAUAAAGUCCCCGGCAGCAGUUCAAUAGAAAUAGAUGGCGUAGUUCACGAAUUUAGAGUAAGCUCCAAUUGUGUAGAAUUAAGCUAG